GAAAUUGGGGGAGCAUGGAGGUCAGGCGCGCCUCUCCGCUUUCUCCUUUCCCCCGAUUGCGGGGAGGACCGGGCUUUUGCACACUUGCAGGAAAGAGAUCCCCAAUGUGCUUUGAGGAGGUAGCUGUGUCCUUCACGGAGGAGGAAUGGGCUCUGCUGGAUCCAAGCCAAAGAAAACUCUUCUGGGAAGUGAUGGAGGAAAAUUACGAGAUGGUGACCUCUCUCUUUAGAGCUGUGAGGGAAAUGGUGAGCGAGAAGGAAUCAGGAAGGAGACUUGUGGAAAAAGACAACAAUCUACAGGUGAAAGCAAAAUCUGGGGAUCAAGUGGUAUCGACGGGACAGUUCAGAAGUAAAAGGGAAGCAAAAGAAAAGCAAAGGAAGGAAUUGGUUGCUGAUCAGGGCAGAGAUAAACCUGAGCUCUCAGCCCAAGAUGAACCAGAGAGGAAAAAGGAAAGGCCUAUUAGUGCCAUAUAUAAGAAAGAGUUUGGCAGCAAAUCUGGUGUUAAAACAUGUGAGAAUGUUACAAAUGGCUGGGAAAUGUAUGAGAAGAGCUUUCAUUGGAGUAGUACACUAACCACCCAUCAAAAGGUUCAUAAAACUGAGAAGCUGUAUAAAUGCUUGGAAUGUGGAAAAUGCUUCUCUCAGAAUGCCUACCUAACUAGCCAUCAAAAGGUUCACACAGGGGAGAAGCCAUAUAAAUGCUUGGAGUGUGAAAUGUGCUUCUCUCGGAAAUGGAGCCUAUCUGUGCAUCAAAAGAAUCAUACAGGAGAGAAGCCAUAUAAAUGUUUGGAGUGUGGAAAGUGCUUCUCUAUAAAAGGCAACCUAAAUAAACAUCAAAAGAGUCAUGCAGAGGAGAAGUCUUAUAAAUGCUUGGAGUGUGGGAAGUGCUUCUCUCAGAGUGGAAACCUAAGUUCACAUCGAAAGGUGCAUACAGGAGAGAAGCCAUAUAAAUGUUUGGAGUGUGGAAAGUGCUUCUCUCAGAGAGGAAACCUAACAGAACAUCAAAAGAUUCACACAGGGGAGAAGCCAUAUAAAUGCUUGGAGUGUGGAAAGUGCUUCAGUUACAAAACCAGUCUAAAGGAACAUCAGAAGAUACAUACAGAGGUAAAAUUGCACAAAUGCUUACAGUGUGGAAAGUCCUUCCGUUACAGUGCAAACCUAACUGCGCAUCAAAAGAUACACACAGGAGAGAAGCCACAUAAAUGCUUGGAGUGUGGAAAGUGUUUCUCUGCAAGUAACCACCUAAGUAGACAUCAAAAGGUUCAUACAGGAGAGAAGCCAUAUAAAUGCUUGAAGUGCGGAAAGUGCUUUUCUAGUAAAGAGAGCCUAACUGAACAUCAAAAGAUUCACACAGGAGAGAAGCCAUAUAAAUGUUUGGAGUGCGGAAAGUGCUUCUCUCGGAGUGGAAGCCUACGUUCACAUCAAAAAGGGCAUACAGGAGAGAAGCCACAUAAAUGUUUGGAGUGUGGAAAGUGCUUCUCUCAGAGUGGUCACUUAAGGAGACAUCAAAAGGUUCACACAGGGGAGAAGCCAUAUAAAUGCUUGCAGUGUGGAAAGUGCUUUUAUGAGAAUUACCGCCUAAUGGCGCAUCAAAACAAACAUACAGGGGAGAAGCCAUAUAAAUGUUUAACUUGUGGAAAGUGCUUCUCCCAAAAAACCAGCCUAGCUGCACACCAAAAGGUUCAUACAGGUGAGAUGUCAUAUAAAUGUUUGGAGUGUGGAAAGUGCUUCCCCCAUAAAAGCAGCCUAACUGGACACCAAAUGGUUCAUACAGGGGAGAAGCCAUAG